UUGUGAUUAAAGUGAAAAAUUCAUUGAUUCGCUCGCUGCCACGGCUCAAGAUGACAUUUACGUACAAGGAUCUGAUAGAUGUGGCCAUUGGCACACCGGAGUCGGGCCACGUCAACUUCUAUGCCCUGCACGUGCUGCUGACCAACUUGGCACAGAAAUUGGAUUGUCUGGAUGAGAUUGUGGAGCAGGAUGAGUACCUAGCCUCCAAUAUACGCAUGCAGAGCAGCAUGAUGACAAUGCGCAGCCCCUGCUCCAAGUAUCGUCUGGUGGGUGGUGCCGAUGCGGAGGAAGCACCCGCAGAUGCAGCCGCUAGCGAAGCACCAGCCGAAGAGGCUGCACCACCGCCCGCUGAGGAGGAACCAGCCGCCGCAGCUCCAGCAGAAGAAGCAGCAGCUGCGCCCGAACCAGAACCCGAGCCCGAGCCCGAGCCAGCAGCAGCGCCUGAGCCCGAGCCAGAACCUGAGCCAGAGGCUGCACCCGAAGAGGCGCCAGCAGCCGCAGCCGCAGCCGAACCUGAAGCCGAGCCAGAGCCAGAGCCACAGCCCGAACCAGAAGCGAAACCAGAGACGCCCGCCGUGGCAUCCGAGCCAGAGGUGGCGCAUGCCGGGGCAGAGGAUCAGGUGGAGCCACCGCUAAUCUCACGCGCAACGUCGCGCACCUCCCAACGCAGGUCGCACGGGCGCCUUGAUGGCUCCCUGGUGGGCAACCUGACGCGCCUGGAGAAGCGCAUGUCCAAGGUGGAGAUGCACAAGGAGCAGGCCAACAUGGAGAUGCAGACGUUCGUGACCACUAUGACGGGCCAGAUGAAGCUCACCAUGGAGCAGCUGAACAAUGUGACCCACCUGCUGAUCGACCGCAAACCCAAUCCGGAUCGCUUCAAGCUGCUGCGGCACAUCGCCCGACAGCUGCGCGUGCUGAUGCGGGCCGCCGACGACGAGGUGUCCAUCAGCUGGACCAGCGGCGAGGCUGUCAUAGAGGAGAUGGAGGCCAUGGAGGAGGAAAUGGAGGAGGAGACGACGGUCUCCACCACGCCCACGGAGGCGGAGAAGCCCGAGGAGGAGGAGACCUUGGAUCUGGAGCAGCAUCUCUGCUACUCGCCCGAUCGCAUGCUCAACGAGCUGCUGGAGCUCAAGUCGCAGUUCUGCGCCCUCACCAACAAGACCAACGAGCUGGCCGCCGCGCUGCUGAAGCAGGACGCGCAGCAUCUGAUGGACAGCAUGCAGGAUCUGCAGGAAACGGUGCGGGAGAUCAAGCUGUAUAUGGCCACCAAUCGGGAGGCCACCCAGAGCAUGCUCACCCAGGUGAAUGCGAAUGUUGCGCAGAUUGUCCAGCUCAAGAAGUCCGUUACGCACCUGGACGAGAUGAAGAUCGACAAGACGGAGGUGGAGCUGCUGCUGGCCGAGAAGGUGGACUUCGAUCAGCUGGCGACGAAGGUGUCGCUGGAACAGCUCGAGGAGUACAAGGCGCGGCUGGAGAAGCAGUUCUGCGAGGUGCGCCACAUCAUCAGCCUGAACGAGAAGAACGUGCUGCAGAUCAUCGACCAUCUGCGCAUGACCCUGGGCAUCGAUGCCCUCGAGCUCGGACUCAAGGACUUCCGCGAGCUGAUCGAGAAGCGUGUGGCCAUGAUCGCCGAGGCGCUGCAGAAGUACAUGGAAAUGACCAACGAUGACUGCGCCGCCGCCGCCGGGCGGGUCAAGGUGCUGCAGGAUCUCGCGUGCAUCUCCUGCGACACGCCGUGCGUGAUGCGCACAGUGGAGCGCUCCAAGGUGCCGUCGCUGCCGGCGGCCAAGGGCUCGUCGGGCCUGGGGCCGCUGGUCACCUACGAACUGGGCCAGAUCCGCAAAUCGGGCAUCAUGGGCUACUACCGCAAGGACGAGUUCCCCCACUGUGCCAGUGCCUGGACGAAGGGCACCGCCGGCGCUCCCAUGGUCAAGUGUGUGCCACGCCAUGCGGGCGGACUCCACACCACCCACACCGCCGACGAUCACAUGCAGAAGGUGGUGCUGUCCAAGAAGACCUCUGGCUGGCGAUAGAACGAACCGCAAACAUCAGUUGAACUUUUAUUUCUCACGUUACUUUCGACACGAUUCAAAACUAAAUUUACAAUAUUA